AAGUGGAAGUGGAACAUUUCGCGCAAGGAAACUCGUGCUGCUCCUGGCGCGCCAAAUUUCAAAGCACUUCCUGGGGAGAGGAGGCGAUAAGAUUUACCACGGAGCACAAAUAAAAGACUUAUGUAGCGUUUCACAAAACAUAUACCUUGAUACUGUGGGUAUGUCACGCUUUUGUCAGUGUUUUAUCAUCGAAAUGUUCGACGGGAUGAAGUGCUUGCGUGUGUGCAGCAGCUGCUUGAGGUUCGCUUUGUAAUGAAGACCAGCAUUUGAGCAUCUGGCAUUGGCGCUACUUAUCCACUUUUAAUAUUUAAUCUACCUAGAUAUUAAGUGCAGAAAUAUCUGUGCUGCAGUGUUUUAGUUUGUCCUCCAAAUAUUUUAUGAAAAACAUUUUUUUAGCAUGUCAAAUUUUAUUUACUGGGCAUAAUAAGAAUUUAUAUUCGUCAUAUUUGAAAGUCUUUCUGAAAGGAGGAUCUUUGAUGGAGGACGUUUAGCGCAGUGUUAUGUGAGAGCCUCUGCGGUUUUCUGGCUGUGUUGCAGUUUUUCCUGCACUUUUAUUUGUGGGAUGUCAAAAUGUCGUUAGGAGUCCAACCGUGUUUUCAGCUGUUGAGGAUUGGAUUGUCUGACACAAACAAUAGCAACACUCAUGGAAAAGAGUCCUCCGACUCCGUCCGUGACCUGUACACUUUUAGGCCCGCACUGGCCCAGUGUGUGUUUCGUUUGGGACGGGCCCCUGAGCUGUGUGACGUCACUCUGGAGUCCACGAUCGUGUCCCGUAUCCAUGCAGAGCUCCAUGUGGAGAGAGAAGCUGAUGCCUCUGGAGAAGAAAGCUGGAAAGUUCAAGUGAAGGACCGCAGCAGCCAUGGCACAUGGGUAAAUGAGAUGCACCUCCAACAAGGGGUCUUAAAGGAAAUCUUUGAUGGCGACACGCUCACCAUCGGCGGCCAAUCAGGACGGGCAAGUACAGAAUUCUACUUCCUCUUCCAGAAAGUACGGGUUCAUCCGCUGGACUUUGACGCCAUCACUGUGCCCAAAGCGGGUUCCUUCUCAUUGGACAUAAAGAACCGUAUCAGAACGUGCUCGGACCGCAAACCAGACCCCGGCGUGGACAUCUCAAAGCUGUCCAUCAACAGAGCCACGGUCAUCCUCAACUCCAUCGGCAGCCUGAGCAAGAUGAACGGCAGCUGCUGGACCUUUAAGAAGAGCGAGAAAACUAGCCCCUUCAAAACGCCGGUGUUCAGCGCUUUGGCCCCACCAACAACACCGCCUCCUUUCCAGACCGCUGGAGAGAUUUCCUCCAAGUCUGUCCCGCCAUCCUCAAAGAGCCGACGCAAGUCCGCCCACACGGUUCUGCUGGAGGACGACAGCUCGGACGAUCCCUCGAACCGCAGAGACCUGGAGGAUGGACGCCGGGGACAAGCCAAGAAAAGACGCCGGCUUUACAAAUCAGAGUCCGAGGUGUUUCAGCCCCCUCUGCCCAAACUGGAGCAGAACUGCCGGUCACAGUACGAUGUGAGCAAUGUGCCACCAAACAGGCAGUUCAAUCAUAUCGUGAACAUCUCGAGUCACACCAGAGGCAACGGCAUCAGUUUGACUCCUCUCCGCCAGCAGAAGUCCUGCUUGUCUGGUCCUGGAAGGAGGCCCAGGGCAAACAGCUCUCCGAUUUUCACAACCCUCGGGAUGGGAAGUGAGAAUUACAACCUGACCUCCCCGUCAGCGAGGAUGCCCAAGACCGAGAGAGCGAGGGGCGUGAUUUCUCGCUUUCAGGCCUCAACUGGGCGUCGACGUGGAAGGCCUAGAAAACACCCGCUGCCGCAGCCUUCCCUGCCGUCUCCCUCUUCAUCAUCUUCCUCUAGCUCCACCUCUUCCUCCUCCUCUUCAUCAUCCUCCUCCUCUGAAGAAGAUGAUGAAGAGAUGGCUGUGGCUCAGGGCGUUGAACCCUGUGCAGCGGCUCACUGUCGUCUCCCGCAGCAGGACACCGUGCAGUGGAUCCAGUGUGACGACUGCGACGCCUGGUAUCACCUCGACUGCUUACCACACAACCACAACCGAGCCUCGCUGCUGUUCGACCCUAACGCAGACUUCCACUGCGGCUGCCACCGCGCCACACACCGCUGAGUUCAGCUCUCAGUCAGGACCAGCUUGGCUUCUCUCUGGUUUAAGGUUCUGUAAUAAACCAAAUGCUCUCAAACGUUGUUAUUAUUACAGUCAGAUUCACGGGACUGUCCGUCAUGUAGCUUCUUGGCUCUCACGGUGCAAAUCUCUGCGAUGAUGACGAGUUUGUGUUUUCUGCAGUGUUGCAAAUUGCUCUGAAUGGUGAUUCAAACUGAUUUGGAUGAAAGGAGGGUGUUGGAUUUGCACAGCAGCUUAUAGAGCAUCCCAUUACAACUCAACUCUCCAUGCUUUAUAACAGUUCAUGAUAAAUGUAUUCAAUAUACACAAUGAAACCUUCAAAAAAUUAAAAAAAUCAAAAAAUAAGUAUGAAUAUGCUUUGAAUGGGAGUCUAUAUUUUUAGAAGAAUGGAUGAAUUCAAAUAUUGAGGAGGGUUUCGCUAAGCUUUACUACAUACUGGUGUUUAAACAUGCUUUAUCAACAUAUUAGCUGGUAUAUAAUAUGUUAUGAUUAAAUACUGUAAGAGAUGUUUUAAAUGGGCAGUAAGGAUAUAUGAUAUGCUAUCAUGCUAAAGGGUCUCAAGCAUUACUUUAAAUGUCAUUUCAGGACAUUUGAUAACAGCUAAACCUACCAUCACACCUGAAGCUUUGACUGAUUCAGAAGUGAAGUGCAAACAUUUCUAUCGUCAUUUUUAAAGGAAUAGUACACCUAGAAAUGAAAAAAUGCUGAAAAUAUACCCCCUCAGAACAUGCAAGGUGUAGAUAAGGUUGUUUCUUCAUUGGGAACAGAUUUGGAGAUAUGUAGCAUUCCAUCACUUUCUCACCAAUGGAUCCUCUGCAGUGAAUGGGUGCCGACAGAAUGAGACUCCACACAGCUGAUAAAAACAUCACAAUAAUCCACACUACUCCAGUCCAUCAGUUAACGUAUCUGAACUGAGAAGUUGCAUGUUUGUAAAAUACUUUGGUUUUUAAAUGGUCUUUAAUCUGUGCAUUCUUCUCUCCUGAUUCAGACGAGACAACUCAAUAACAAAGCAAUAUUAUGGAUUAUGGACUAGUAUUUUAGCUGGAAGCAAUGGUUUUGUAGUUAAAACAUCUUGAUGGAUUUGCUUCUUACAAACCACCACAGCUCCUCACUUCUUAAGACUGAUGGACUGGAGUAGUGUGGAUUAUUGUGAUGUUUUAAUCAGCUGUUUGAACUCUCAUCCUGACGGCACCCAUUCACUGCAGAGCAUCCAUUUGUGAGCAAGUGAUGGAAUGCUACAUUUUUCCAAAUCUGUUCCCAAUGAAGAAACAAACUCAUCUACAUCUUGGAUGACCUGACGAUGAGUACAUUUUCAGUCAAUUUUUGUCUUUGAAUGAUUUAUUCCUUUAAGCUUUAUAUUUGAUUGCACACACGAUUGUCAGUUGUGUCUUGUAAUGUAGUCUGUUAUUACACAAGCUUUGUUUCUGAUCUCAACUAACCCCGUGUAGAUGUAUCGAUCUUUAAGAAUAGAAUUUCUGUGGUAUGAAUGUUAAAAGAUACUUUCACUGUCAUCACUUUAACUCAACAUUCUAGAAAUGACAAAGGACUCCAUGUCACAAUGUUUGUCUUGUUGGGAAUCAAGGGCUGAAUAAAGAAUAUAAGAUAAUAA